GUCAUUGUUGUCUGGGUAGGAACAAACAACCAUGAAAACACAGCAGAAGAAGUAGCAGGUGGAAUCGAGGCUAUUGUACAACUUAUAAAUACAAGGCAGCCACAGGCCAAAAUCAUUGUGCUGGGUCUGUUACCUCGAGGUGAGAAGCCCAACCCUUUAAGACAAAAGAAUGCCAAGGUGAACCAGCUUCUCAAAGUUUCCCUGCCGAAGCUUGCCAAUGUGCAGCUCCUGGAUACAGAUGGUGGCUUCGUGCACUCGGACGGUGCCAUCUCCUGCCACGACAUGUUUGAUUUUCUUCAUCUCACAGGAGGGGGCUAUGCAAAGAUCUGCAAACCCCUCCAUGAACUGAUCAUGCAGUUGCUGGAAGAAACACCAGAGGAGAAGCAAACCACCAUUGCUUGACUGGCCCCAUCAGUGUUAAAAGCAUCCCAGCUUCCUCAGAUCAGUUACACCACUGGCACUACAGAAUCCUUUCUUAAGGCACUUUGUACAAUGUUCCUGGAUGCUUGUAUCUAAUGUUUGACGGGGAGGAGGGAUUUAAAUUGGUCCUGUAUAUAAAGGUUUGUUUGGCACAGGAGAAAAAUUAGCCAAGGAAAAUUCAUUUGAAACCAGAAGGGGACUUUUUAGUUGUAUAUGACACAUUUGUCAAAUUAUCACUGUUCUUCCUAGGACAACAUCAAGCACGAGUACAAUAUGAAGAUUCUUGGCCCUUUUUUCUAUGGAUUAUGUUAUAUGUGAUAAUUAUCACAUCUACUUGGCUUUAAUCUUAUUUUUGGUCCAGUUUUAAGGUUCAUGAGUUAGUGUGUUGUGUUUUGUUUGAUUCAUGUAUCCUCAGUAUUUUUAUUAACAUAUAGCAUCAGAUUAAACAUGCUUGUCACUCAAAUAUGGAAGAUGCUAUAGUUAGAAGUGAGUUUGUUCCUCUUAUUCUAGCAGUGAAAACGUUCUGGGGACUGGGGUAUUAUUUGUAUGCUGCUGAAUAUCAUGUCUGUAAUAGACCCGUGCAUGCAGCCUUUGCUCUGCUUCCCUUUCAUCUCUUUGCAGGUGGCUUAUUUACAUUGGAAGCAUUGAGCUCAUUUUUGAUCUAGAAGUUGCAUUGCUCUCAGGAUGACCUUACUGAUGUAUAGCUCAUUCUGUGUGGUGUUCUGUGAUGUAGGGUCUGUGUAGUGUUACUCACCCCCACCCCUGUGACCUGUUAAUGGUUUCCUUUGUUUUGAGCGUUUGGGGUGGGGGUCAGAAUUGUUUCCCAUUCCAUAAUGCCUGAUGUUAUUUCAAGUUUUAUAUUAUUUUAAGGUGUAUAUAUGUGUUUUCAUUUUAUAUAUAUAUAUAUAUAUGUAGAUAUAUAUAUAUUUUACAGUACUGGAAUCAAACCCAGGGCCUAGCACAUACUAAGCAAGUGCUCUGCCACUGAAGUAAUCCCUAAUCUUUGUUUGUUUGUUUGUUUGUUUGUUUUUUAAUUGGUUUAAUUCUUAAAUUCUAUCAGUAAAAAAAAUAUUUGGCUUUUUCCAUGAGAAACAGUGAAGCUGCUCUCAAAAUAGAUGUGCUGUCUUUUGGGGGGGGUUGAAGGUUGUUUUUCUCUGUAUAGUCCUGGCUUCCUGGAACCCUGUUUACCAGGCUGGCCUCAAACUCAGAGAUUAGCCUGCCUCUGCCCCCCACCCCCUCCACACACCCCAUGCUAGGAUCAAAGGCACAUGUGCCACCAUACCCCACUUUGGAUGUGCUGGCUUUAUUCCACCAUUUUAGUAAAGAUGAACUAGUUUUGUUUUUUUAGUUUUUGAGACUGUAGUUCUGGGUAGCCUGGAACUUGCUAUGUUGACUGGACUGACCUUGAACUCACAGAGAUCUGCCUGCCCCUGCCUCCUGAGAACUGAGAUUAAAGGCAUACACCACAAUGCAGGUGGCUCACUUAACUUUUAAGGUUCCUUAUACAAUGUGUGUUCAUCGAGAUUUCAAGAGAGCUGUUUACAGUCACAAUGGUUUGCUCUUGAGCUACACAAACUGCCACUUAUUUGAGAGAACAGUAGAUUGUUGGUUGUCCAAUAUGCCUAUGGACUCUGUACAAACUGGAUCUACAAACAUUUUAAACUGGAUCAGGUUGGGGGUUGAAGUAACCCAUUAAAUGUGCUUAAUGGUUACAUUCAGGAGCAGUGACCUAGGCUUUAUGCUCUGCUUUCAAAGCAGCUAUCAGUACUGUUAGAGGAGUUACUGGUUUGUGCUGAGACCUGCACUUGACUGAGAAGGAUAGAAGUUGGGAUGGCGUUUUUUUUUCCUGGUGAGUCUCUUUGUAGGAAUUUAUUUUAAUGCAUAGUCUUGUGAAUGUAUCAUGUCUUCAUUAGCAACAGGGAAAUACACAUGUUGUUUACUAAAAUUGUUUACUACAUUCAAAUUCCCCCCCCCUUUUUUUUUUUUUUUUUUUUUUUUUUAGUAACCCAAGUUCUUGAGUUUUUCAAGAUGUUGUUUUCUGAACUGAGGUAUAAUUUUAGGAAGGAGAUCUAAUUAAGCCAGAAUUUUGUUUGUGAAAAGAACAUUUCCUAUCCAGGUGUUUCUGUGUUCCUCGGAGAGUGGGAGUAUGGUCCAAAUGAAUCCAUUAGGUCACUCCUGCAGCAUGCGCUUACAGCUUCUCUUGACCAAGGAUGAACUAGUCCUAUGAGCUGGCCUUCAGCUCCUGCAUAUGUGUAUAAACUUCAGAUGUUACUACAUUUUAUAUCUACCAGAGCUAUUCAAGCAAUAGUAUUUGAACCAUUAGCCUUUUAAAUAAAACUCUGCCCUAUUGCUAACAUGCAGAUACUGAGUCCACUGUCAUUUCUUGCCAGGUUUAUUUGUGCUGUUUUAGAGGGGAAAAGUGUUUACCGGUUUUUCUUUGGUUGACAUCUCAGAUUGCUUCAGUGACAGAACCAGUUAGUCUUUGUGAUCUUUAAGAUGUGAACUAAAACCAGUGUCCACAUGAAAUGCCCUAGUUUGUCGUUGUGAUUAAGGGGCCAGGCAACUAGCACAGAUAAUGCUUUGUUCCUUUUUUGGUAGUUGGGGUGGUGGUUUUCUUAGGCAGAGUCUAGUAGCCUGGCUGCUCCUGUCUUCCCCAGCACUGGAAUUACAGGCCUACUCCUCCAUCCCUGGCUUGUUCUGUUCCUUUCCCAACAUUUUUCUUUCUUCCCUUUCAGACAGGGUCUCAAUAUAGUACAGCCUGGCUUUUAACUUACCAUGUAGCUAUGGAUGCCCUUGAACUCAGUCCUUCUACUUCUACCUUCCAGGUGUUAGGAGUCAUGGCUCUAAUGUGGCAGGUUGGAGAUAGCCUGCCAAAGGAUGAUCUGUUGCAAGUGACUUGACUGCCCAUUGGUAUUGUAGAUUACCUUGACAGUGCUCUGGCAACUGUCAGGUCUGGUAGGGCUGUUGAGGACCUUUAUCUAAUCCUGAUUCUUCUGUCAAAAUUCUUCACCCAGAAAAGUAAGUUUUGAGUAGCUCAUGCCCUACCCAUAAGAAUUGUAACUAUCAUUGUUUAAAAAAAAAAAAAAAAAAAAAAGUCCCAAAUUUCUGUUUAUAUUUUCCACCUAACCACUUAUACUUGUGUUUCCAAAACCCCUUGCUAAAGCCGAGACCUGUCUGUGCUGAGAUGUACAAACAUUGCCAGGGUUAUAUUUAUUUCAGUGGUGACGAAACUAGACACUUACAGAAGGGAGCGUGAUCAGCUCCUGACUCUCUAGUGAUGUAUGUGGGAGCAGUGAGUGGGGAUUUGCCUGUGGUCUUCCUCUCCAGGACCACUACAGCAGGCUGCCUGAACUUCCCCAGGGGAGCUUGUGACUAUGUUUUGGUAAAGACUUCUUGACUAGAAUCCAUUCUGUUCAGUGCUUAUUUAAUAUAAAAGUCAACAUUUCACUGCGAA